AUGAUAGGUGACGUACCUACACGUCUUGUUUCGGCUUUAAUACAUAAUCAAAAUAAGUUUUCACCAAUACUUGGUUUUCCAUUAACAUCAAGCAAUGCUCGUCAACUUAAUUUAAGUAUUCAUAAUAAAGAAUUACAAAAAUUUGCCAACGUUGAAGAUUAUGCCAAUACUUUAGAUAAAAAUUUUAUUUGGUUAGGUGGUUAUGGUGAAGAACGAAAUAUCUAUGCACAUGCAUUGUUAUUUUCUCAAGAUGAUCGUAAUAUACAUUUAGGUGUUGAUAUAGCAUUAAAACCAAAUACAUCAAUCUAUGCUCCACUUAAUGGACGUAUACAUAGUUUUAAAAAUAAUGAUAAACCAUAUGAUUUUGGACCAACAAUUAUUCUUGAACAUGAACUUGAUGAUAAUAUUCAUUUUUAUACACUUUAUGGUCAUUUAAGUUUAAAUUGUUUAAAAAAUUUAACUAUUGGACAAUUAAUUGAACAAGGUCAACCUGUUGGUGAUAUUGGAGAUAAAACUGAAAAUGGUGGUUGGGAUCCACAUUUACAUUUUCAAAUUAUAUCUGAUAUGGAAAAUAGACAAGGUGAUUAUCCAGGUGUAACAUCAAAACAAGAUGCAUUGAUAAUGCUUCAUAAAUGUCCUGAUCCACAAUUUAUUCUUAAUUUUCCUGAUAAACCGAUUAUUUAUUAA